GAAGUUACACCAAAACCUAACAAGAUCGAGUGACAAUGGCUAUUAGAAAUGACUAUGUCAUUCUCUUCUUCCUCAACUUUGUAUGUCUUCUUCUAGUAGAAGCACAAGACGGUGUUGAAUUUCAAACUAUCAAAAGAAGCGAUUUUCCAAAUGAGUUCGAUUUCGGUGCAUCAUCUUCAGCUUACCAGUAUGAAGGUGGUGUUUCAUCAAAAGGAAAAAGUAUAUGGGAUACUUUCACUCACAUAUACCCGGAUAAAAUUGCCGAUCGUAGCAAUGGAGAUGUAGCCUUAGAUACAUACCAUAGAUACAAGGAAGAUCUCUCCCUUAUGAAAGACACAGGCUUUAACGCUUAUAGAUUCUCAAUCGCAUGGAGCAGAAUAUUGCCAGAUGGAACAGUGAAGGGAGGAGUAAAUCAAGAAGGCAUUAAUUACUACAACAAUCUCAUCGAUGAAGCCCUUAAGAAAGGCCUCAAACCAUACGCUACACUAUUCCAUUGGGAUGUUCCACAAGCUUUAGAAGAUAAGUAUCGAGGUUUCUUGGAUCGUCAAAUUUUGAAUGAUUUUGAGGACUAUGUCGACGUUUGCUUCAACCAGUUCGGUGAUAGAGUUAAGCAUUGGAUCACUUUGAAUGAACCAAAUAUGUUCGCUAUAAACGGUUAUGCGCAAGGAACAUUUGCACCGGGAAGAUGUUCGAGAUGGAUACUCAAUAAUUGUUGUGAUGGAGAUUCUUCAAAGGAACCGUAUAUAGUCGGUCAUAACCAAAUUCUUGCUCAUGCUCGUGCGGUCAAAGUUUAUCGAACGAAAUAUCAGAGAACACAAAAGGGUGUGAUCGGAAUAACCGUGAUUGGAAAUUGGUACGAACCAUAUUCAAACACUUUUGCAGACAAAGAAGCUGCAAAACGAGCUAUUGAGUUCUUUUCUGGUUGGUUCUUCAAUCCAAUCGUCCAUGGUGAUUACCCACAAAGUAUGAGGCUGCGUGUAAAAGAUAGACUGCCCACAUUCACACAAGACGAAGCCACUUUGAUCAAAUGCAGCUAUGACUUUCUUGGACUCAACUACUACACAGCUGCAUAUGCCAUCGAUGACUCCAGCGCUCAUGUUCUAUACCCUUCCUGGCGUACCGAUUCUGGUGUAAAUACUUCAAUUUCACUUGGACCAAAGGUGAAUGCGUCGUCUUGGCUUUCAGUUUAUCCCAAGGGAUUGCAAAAAUUGUUGAUAACCAUGAAAAAUGAUUAUAACAAUCCGUCUAUCUACAUCACAGAAAAUGGAUUCUUUGAUUAUGAUGAUCCUAGUGCUCGUAAACUACUUUGUGACCGUAAGAGAACUUUUUACCAUAUGGGACAUCUCUAUUUUCUUCUUGAAGCAAUGAGGGAUGGCGUUAGGGUAAAUGGAUACUUUGCAUGGUCAUUGCUGGACACUUUUGAAUGGUCAGAUGGAUAUACAAAGCGCUUCGGCCUCGUCUACAUCGAUCGCAAUAACAACCUGACUAGAACACCAAAGGAUUCACUAAAAUGGUUCUCUUAUUUCCUCAAGGGAUGAACAUGUUUCGCCAACCACUUCCUGUCGUUUGUUGUGUGUCGUUGCAAUAUGUUCUCGCAACUUUCUUAAACACUGCUAGUGGAAAUAAGUAUUAAAUAAAUUGCGUUGUCUUGUCGUUUUUA